AUGAAACCAGCUGUCAUAGUGUGGGUCUCACAGCCCUCACUUCCGGCGGGGAGCGAGCGCGCAGGGGCUGCUGGGAGCGGCUGGCCGGCGGCUCCUUCUGGGCGGGAGGGCGGGGGCCGGAUCCUGCCCGCCGCCUCUCGCCAUGUCCACCUGGAGAAGCAGCUGCAGCUGGGCCGCCUGCCGCCCCGCCCGCCCGGCCCCUCGGGGGGCAGCGGCCAGGCCCUGCCCAAGAUGCGCAUGGGGCCCGGGCGGAAGCGUGACUAUUCUCCCGUCCCUUGGAGCCAGUACUUUGAGUCGAUGGAAGACGUGGUGGUGGAAAGCGAUUCUGGAAAAGAUACUUUUCGAAUUUAUAAGAGUGGUUCCGAAGGACCCGUCCUGCUCCUCCUACACGGCGGGGGCCAUUCCGCGCUUUCCUGGGCCGUCUUCACGGCUGCCAUUAUUAACCGGAUUCAGUGCAGGAUCGUGGCCCUGGACCUGAGGGGACACGGCGAGACGAAAGUUAGGAAUCCGGAAGACCUGUCUGCAGAAACCAUGUCCAGGUUCGUCACCCCACACUGCGUUUUUCUUACGUUUACGUUUAAUGCGAUUUCUACCCCGCCUCCCCACUUACAUCAAAUCACAGUAUACUGUGAUUGCACUCAUAAAAUCGACAAAACCAUUAAACAGUACAAGUUAAAACAAUCCACAGUUGGCGCUUAA